GUCCAAUCACGACUAUAUAUGUCAACAGCAGAACGGGAUGUUCUCUUGUACAUAUUACUAUAUUUUGCUUUUUGCAUCUUCUUUAGUCUGACGCACUCAAUCAAGGAUCUUCAAUUUAUCGACGUUGUUUGAGUUAUUCCUUUUACAGUCAUCCAUGGGUGGCGAUCAUGGACAUGGGAAGCUGUCUAUGCCGGACCAUAAGCAGUGGAAAGUUGAGGGGACCCCGAUGGAAUUCACUCAGGAGAGACUGGCACGCAGGGGGCUGAGGGACCCAUGGGCCAGGAAUGAGGCGUGGCGUUACUUGGGAGCUUUUACAAAACCGGUGACCUUUUCGCACGUCUUAUUUCGAGGCUUUAAGUGGGGCUUUGCUGCAUUCGUGGCCGCUGUUGGUGUGGAGUAUGCUCUCACCGGCCCCCACAGGAAGUCCGAACACUAAUGCCAAGGCGUGACAGGAUGGUCGAUGGAGCCGCAAAGGGACAUUGUCUUUGCAUCCCCCUGUCAAGAUGCUCUUCAUUUAAGAAAAACAUAACCUUUCACCUUUUUGCUCCCUCCUGUCUAGUGUUCAUGGGAGAAGACAGACCCCUUGUUACAUCUGAGCCAGAUUUCACAUGGCGGAUGUACAGAAUGUGUCAUUUCAAUGUAAUAAAUAUUAAUAACUCAA